GCUCCUCUGGCCAGAGCCGAGGGCGUCCUGCGUGCUCCCGCGGGGGAACGGCGCCCCAUUGGAACACAGACCCGGCCGCCGCCGCAGAGGCGCGGGUCCAGCCCCACCUCACUCCCCGGAAGCCUCGCCGCACCGGGAGGGAUUGCAGAGGAGCCAGGUGGGAACUCACGCCCGCAGGUGGCGCAGACCCGGCCCGGCUCUGGGGCGCGCCCCUUCCCGCCGGCUCCCCGCAGGCGCCCGAGCAGCCAGCACACGGCAGCCAGCCGAGCCGCGAGCCGCCCGAGUUGAGGGUCUGCAGCAAAGGGCCGGCGCGGGCCACUAGUUUUCCAGUCGGGCCCGGCCCCACAGGGGUUCGCGGCUGAGCGCCACUCUUUCUUAGUGCAGAGGCACCGCCGUACUUUCCCUUAUUUACUUCCGGUGCAGUUCGGAGGCCGCCUGGGAAAACCGGAAAUAGGAUUGUGGCCACCGAGCGGGCCGGAGUCGGAAGUGGCUAGCAGGGCGCCGCCAUGACAGGUCUGGGCGGAGGCCGGGGUAGGGCGCCGCCAUGGCAGGUCGGGGCGGAAGCAGAGGCGGAGCCCCGCCAUGACAGGUCGGGGCGGAAGCAGAGGUAGGGCUCUGCUCUGAUGGAUUGGCGCUAAAAGCAAUAGGGCCGCUUGGCUGCUGUGUGAACGGAAUAAACCAGGCAGGGAGGGCGCCGCCAUGACAACCUGACACCGGAAAAGGCGGGACUCUCCUCCGGACUGUUUCUCCCGGCACCUGCCUCGAAAUGCAGGCGGCGCUGGAGGUCACUGCCCGCCACUGCGGCCGCGAGCUGGACCAGUACGGCCAGUGUGUGGCCGCCAAGCCCGAGUCCUGGCAGCGGGACUGUCACCACCUCAAAAUGAGCAUCGCUCGCUGCACCUCUAACCACCCAAUCAUCCGUCAGAUCCGCCAGGCCUGUGCAGAGCCCUUUGAGGCCUUUGAGGAGUGUCUUCGGCAGAAUGAGGCGGCCACAGGCAACUGUGCGGAGCAGGUGCGCCGCUUCCUGCAGUGCGCUGAGCAGGUGCAGCCGGCAAGCCCACCUGCAGGUGUGCAGGCACGGCCACUUCCUGCCUCCUGAGGACUCUGGACCAUGUGAAAGCUGGACAGGAGUGACUGGCCACUUACUGCCCCAGCCCUGAAGAGUGAAUGACCAGAUGCUAUUUUGAGGGCCCUGGAUAUGGGCCCAGUCUCUGGACAUCGGGACUCACAAUAAAUAAAGACUGUGUACACCAGG